UCCAAUCAAAGAGCCCCUGGCGUCCCGGGCUUUCUCUGCGAUGCCUGCCGCUGGCCAGAGUCUCGGGCGGCCGGGCCGCGGGGGGACGAGCGCGGCGGCGGGGCUGCACGGCGCGCCCCAGGAGCCGGAGCCGCAGUCCGGGGCGCAGCCUGGCGCCGGGAGCCCCGGGAUGCAGGCGGAAAAUGAAGGUUCUUUGCAGCCUGUUAAGGAGGAUGAUGAGAUUGGAAAGGACCAGGAUGCUUUCUGGCUGCAAUCACUUAUCACUGAUGCAUCCCAUGAUGAAAGAUUUCAGAAAAUAAAAGAUUAUUUUCAACAGAAACAGAGCCACUCUCCUCAGAAAUAUAAUGAUCUUCUGUUAUACCAUAUUAACAGAUCAAUAAAUAAGGAACUGGAUAAAAAUGAAUUUCAGUAUGUUUCACUGUUGCUGAAAUGUAUUCAGCGAUUCUUCAUAGAUGAUGUCAAAGAAGAUGAGCCUUUGCUAAUUCAGCAGGGACUGGUCCCGAAGAUAAUUUCCUGGUUUGAAAGAACAGUAGAAUUUCUGAUCUUGGAAGACCUAGCAUCAGACACAUCGCUGCUGGGUGUUGUGGAAGACUUCUUUGACACGGUGUUGAUUAUUUCCAGGAGUAGUAGAAAAGGGAAAAUUCAGAUGUUGGAUUCCUUCCUACUUAGCUUAGGAUUCCUGGUGACAGAAAAGACCAUAAAUCGCUUACUUCAACAAGAGGCUUUGAGCAUUUUGAACUCCAUUUUGUGUGGUGUACCUCGGGAAGAGAGAAAAAAAUUCCCUUUGUCAGAAGGCAUAUGUCGUCUUAUGAAGGACCUUGCAAGGACAAUCUUCACUGUGGGUGAUUAUGACCAGCAGGUUGCUAUUUCUGAAGUAUUGUGUAGACUGACGAUGAAAAAAUCAAGGGAUGAACUUGUCCAUCAGUGGUUUGACGAUGAUGUCAUUGCUGAGGCUUUCAAGGAAAUUAAGGACCGAGAAUUUGAGACGGACGGUAGACAGUUUCUCAAUCACCUAAAUGACAGACUUGGUGACCAAAGAAGGGUCUAUUCACUUCCGUGCAUUGCUGCUUUUGCUGAUGAGAAUGAGAUGAGAAAACCAGCAGAUGAAAAAUUAGAGAAAUUUUGGAUUGAUUUCAACUUAGGAAGUCAGAGUGUAACUUUUUAUAUAGAAAAUGCUGAGAGUGUUUUAUGGGACCCAGUAAGACUUUCAAAGGAAGCAGUGAUGAAUUUUAGCAUAAUAGAAACUGAGAAGAUGAAGAUUUUUAUCAUUUACCUGAAGAAGCCUGUUAUUAUCAGCAAAAAAGAAGUGAUGAAAAUAGAAAUCCAUUUUGAUUUGCAAUUCAACGUAUCACAAGCUUCCAUGCAAGCUUUAGGAGAAGACAAACAGAUGAUGUUGCCUGACCAGAUGAAAACCUCCUCAGAACUUUUUAGUAAGUCUGAGAAAGAAGACGCGGAGAUUCCUAAUAGCCAUGGAAGAGAGACAGAGCUGUCAGAAGAAUCCACCCACCUGGAGCAGAUCAUGAGUGCUGGAGAUGACCGUUGCCUGAUAACCAUCCCCUUGAAUGACCAGUCUACACCGCCUCAAACAUAUACAGCUGAGAGUCCAUCUGAAAAACCGAAACUGGAUGAUACACAAGAAGUUACUUCAAAACAUGAGCAUUCUUCAGAUUUACAAGAACCAUCAGUUAAAAUUCAGUCUCGUAAAUUAAGUGACAAAUCUAGGGCAGACUCUACUUUCAAGGAUGACAGAAAGCAAGAAACAAGGAUGUCGUUUAAUUACAGGAAACAUCUCUUCUCUGAAAGUAGUCAAGAUUCAAGUACUAGUACCAGUGAACUAUCUUGGACUGGUAACCAAAAGAAGAAAUCCCUGAAAUCAUACUCUAGUAGAAAAAAGAUAAGAACCAGGAGUAGUGUAAGAAUCUUGCCGUUUUUCCCACUCAGUAGUAGCAGUGACCAUGACCACGAGAAAGACCGAGCUAAACUUCUAACACCAUUAUGGAAAGACAGGUCCAGGCAAAAUGGCGUCAUGUCUCCGCAAAUUUCUGAAACAAAAUUCCAAGGUAGUUCUGUCUUUUUAACUCCUGAAGAUUCUGCCAAAAAAACAGGGCUUCGAGGUCCUUACCCACCAAGCGAGCUCUCUUCCUUGGAGCACUCAGAAGAUGAAGAAAAUGUAUCUAAGAUUGUGAACCAAGAGUCAUUAAUGGAGAGUACUAGCUUCAAACAUAAGCUGCAAAAUUUGGAAGAUAGAGACGUACCAGAAGGUAGUUUUGCUAAGUCAAAACAAUCAAGAUUGGAAGAAGGUGAUGCUCCAGCGUCCCCUUCCUCGGUGACCGAAGAAGCAGACGUGGCAGAAGGCAUCUCCACUCCAUCCCGAGAAGUUGUGCCAGAGAACUUGAAUGAGUCUGCCGUUCUCACAACCUUUGAAAGCUUCACCAGAGAACUGAGAAGAAAAUACGAGGUUAGGUACAGAAAGAGUCCACUUUAUUCAAAAGAUGCAAAGAAAGCACCGGCUUGCAUAAUGAAACUUUUAAACCAGAUAUACCUGUGCAGACUCAGUAAACUAGAGAAGUUUCAGAAUGUUGUUCUUCAAGAGUUGAGCGAUCUUGAGAAGGAUAUUCAGGCCCUGGAACACCUUGAAAAGGAUGCUCUGGAGUUUUGGGGGAAACAGACUGCUGAUCUGAAAUCAUUCUGUGAUCUGCAAGUACUGAGGCUUAAUCCAAUUCAGCCUUCAUAAGGAAAACCGAAGCCUGGUUUGAUUAUUGCAUCCCUCAGUCUGAACGCCUGAAGAGGAAGAUAAAGAGCAACUUACCGUUUGCUGCACUCAGUUUGCUCCGCUCCAAACAAUCCUGGAAACUACUGAGUUGGAAUAGAAUAUAUGUUGGUAGUUCGCAUUGGUGUUAUUAUCCAUUUGUUCAUAAAAGUUAACCGUUAGUAUUAAAAUUUGGUCCGACAGUAAAAAGUUCAGGAUGUUCAGCAACUUGGAGUGGUCUUGCUUUCUUAUGAUUUUAAAAGCAAAAUUGCUGUUUUGAGACACGUCUUCAAGUUUCAUGAAAACAAAAACUUUAGCAGCAUCUGUAUAAAUACAAUUUAGUGUGUCUCUUAGAAGGAGAAAUUUGAUUUGAAAAUGAUGAAAAUAGCUCAGGUGGAAAUGGUGUUAUGUUUUGAAAAUAAAGUUAUUGGGAGGUCUCAUUUGAUCUGGAAACAUUUUAGUUUCUCCAGCACUUUAACAAA